AUGAUGUUUGUUGCAAAUUCAUGUUUAGCGGAAAUUAUUUUUGGAAGUUGUACGAUUAGUAUGACUUUAUUUACACUUCAAAAUGAUUUGAAAAAAAUCUGGUAUUAUAAUUCAUUUUGUAAUUUUCUAGGAUAUUACGGUAAAGAAGCAUUAAUACAUAAGAAUUCGGUUAAUUGUGGACGAGAAAUUCCAAUAUUUUCAUCACCAUUUUUUGUUUUUACCAAAAAAAUAAAAACACGAGCUGUAUCAGCCAAACAAAUGUCAAUGUCAACACCAAUUCAAUUAUUAUUAUUUGCAUCUGAUCAAGUUGAUGUUGUUGAAUCAAAUCUUAUUUGUCUAGAUAAUUGGUUAAUGUUAAAUAUGAAUACUGAUUUAGCAUCAAAAAUAGUAUCUAUUCGACCAGCUAUAGAAGCAUUAAUUAUACGAUGUACACAACAACCAAAUGAUAUUACUAGUCAUCUACUAUCAGUUGAACAAUUAUGUAAUUUAAUUCGUCUUUUGUCAGAUUAA